AUGUGUGUCCCAACUGAUGUAGUGCGUAAUUAUUGGUACUUUAAUCCGGAACUUAAGGGUAUACGUGGUAAUGUGUCUACUAUUGGCGUUGCACGUCGCAUAUAUGCGACCCAUGGCGUGCGAUGUUUUUUUACGGGUUUCCACCUAACAGCGAUGAACGUUGUAGGGGGCCAGACUCUGUUCUUUUUGUCUUACGACAAACUGAAAGGCGAGGUUAGUUCGCCAUUGGCUAGCGUUUUGGGGCGCAUGGUAACUCUGCUGUCGAUGCAGCCGCUGGAGUGCCUACGGACGUUCAAGCAGGCAAACCUCGCCCACCGCACAGUGGAUUUUUUUAGCGGCACUCGAGGUCUGCAAAGUUUUCUGUCGCUUUAUAAGGGUUUGACCCCUACAGUGAUACGUGACGUCCCUUUUUCUGCAGUUCACUGGCCGUUGAACGACUGGUUGUACCGCCGUUUCAUUGCAUUCAACGGUCUAUCGGAAUGCGAUCUCUCCAAACCACAGAGGCUUGCACUCUCGUUGGUUACGGGAUCUAUAUCGUCUACAGCUGCUGCUGUGAUAUCUCAGCCAUUCGAUAUUGUGAAGACGACCAUACAGGCUAGCACGGAUCGCACUGUGAAAAUGACGGUGCGACGUGAGCUGAUUCGAUUUUUCGGCCAAUACGGGAUGAAGGGAUUUUCGAUUGGUCUCACUCCUCGUUUGAUCAAGAUCGUGCCUGGAUGCGCUAUUAUAUCUGGUUGCUAUCGUUACUUUAACUGA